AUGGAUCAGUCCAUAUCUCUGAUCUCGGCCACUGUCCAAAUGACGGACUCUGGCCUGGCCUUGGUGCAUAUACCGCUCGACCUCUAUCCAUUCUUUGUCCAGCCCCUUCUUCGGCUCCUGUUCUGUGACAUCCCUGCCAUCGACGAACUGAGCAAAGAAGAUCAAGAGGAUGCCGAGCGUGCCAGUCAAACGCCCUUCAAUCUUGGCUUUGUGAAUCUCUCGUUAACUCCUGUGGAGGCCUCCGUAGUGUGUUCUCGCCAGCUGGCCGAGCGUUACUUUGUUCCACUAGCUACGAGUUUGAACAAAAUUACGUCUUCGGAUAAGCAAGUAUCCGUCAGCAAGGAUGAUUAUCUUGCGAUGCAGGUUGAGGGCCAAGGUCUGGAUGCUGGCCGUCGCGUUCUGGAGCUGACAGGGCCUCUUGCUUUGGCGGGCAUUUCUAUAUUCUUUAUCUCAACCUAUUUCUCCGACUACAUCCUGGUUCCCCUGCGAUCCAAGGACCAAGUCGUCCGUACGCUUACCAAGCAAGGCUUUGCCUUCGAAACAGAUUCCGACCAAUUUCUCCAGACACGGACAUUCGACUAUCUGCGCAAAAACAAAAUUAUCCCUCGAGUUGACCAGAGUAUUCGCCUAGUACAAUGCUGUGCACACCAUCGCGAUGGAGCAACCGAGUCCUCUGCCGCCAUCCUUCGCGCCGCCCUCACCACAGCCUUACUCGUCGACCACCCCCGUUUUCUCUCUCUAACCCUAACUCCCGCCGACCCCGCCGCCUCCCUGCUGCUGGAGAAGCGCCUCUUGCCCCGCUUCACACUCGAUCCCAGUAUCCAGUCUGACGACGAAGAGCGAAGCAUCCUCCUAGGCUCCAAGGAAGACAUCCUCAUCCCCAUCACCCUUGACCUACGCGACGUGCCCAUCGACGCGACAGGCAUUGUCUGUGGUGUUGCCGGCCGACUCGCCGACGCCACUGAACACCGCGACCCCCUUGCCACACUCUCAACUAACAGCUCGCCUGCCAACGACUCCAAACGCUUUUCUUUCGGCUCUGUCAACAUCGACGACCUCCGUCUGUCCGAGAGCAUCAGCAGUCUCGCACCGAGCACGUCUUCCGGCGCCAAAAAGUCCGAGUCUGGAUACAGCAACGUCCCGGCAUCAGCAACUGACAAUCUCACCAAAAACAACACCUUCACCAGCUCCAUCUAUGACCGUCGGUUUUCCCGCGACAGUAAUGUCAGCGGCGUUCUCCCUGCUACUGCUACUAUCCCACAUCACCGACUGGAACCUGAGCAAUACGGCGAUGCAGUUGAGAUUAGUUUCCUCAGUACUGCUCGCGCCGGAACCGUCUUGGUCUGGGAGCGGGAAAUCGGCCGGGCCGUCGAAGCUCUCGAUGCUGAGAAAUCCCAGCAUGUAAUAUCCGAAUUGGAAACUCAUGAAGAAUCAUGA